AUGCACACUUCGAGGGCGAGUCUGGUAGAGUUGGCCGCGUCGGUUGAGGCGGAUCUUGGUGGGCCAGUUGGUCCGGCGGCUGUGCCGUCAGCAGUUGCUUCUGCUACCCAGCCUCGGGGUCAGCAUCAGCAGCCGCGACAGCAGCAGCAGCAGCAGCGCAGGUGGUUCGAGUUUCAGUUCUGGUUCUGGCAGGGGCGGUUUGCCUGCGCAGGUACGGAGCAUCGUGUUUCGAGUUGUCCCAAGAGAGAGUCAGCACCGAGAGUGUGCUACUACUGCAAGGAGCCUGGGCAUAUCAAGCCCAUGUGUCCUAAGUUGCGGAGUAUGUCGGUGGCUUCGGUUCAGCCAGUAGCGGCUCAGCCAGUGAGUCAGAUCGCAGCAGUGCAGCCGUUGGGUCAGAUUGCACCGGCGCCGCGGGGUUACUCUUCGGUGGAGACUGGCGGGACUAGUCAGACCGGACAGAUCACAGGGACCUUGUUAGUGGGCGGUUUUGAGUCCCACGUUUUAUUCGACUCUGGAGCAUCGAAUUGCUUCAUUACACCGGAGCGUGCCGAGAAGAGUGGCAUCCGGAGUAGCGCGGGCGAGAGCGCGGGCAUGGUCAAGGUGGCGGGAGGUGGAUUCUUGUCUACUUUGGGCCGUGCUAGAGGAGUCGAGAUCGAGAUUGCGGGGCAGUCAAUGCCAGCAGACUUAGUCAUCAGUCCGGUGGAGCUGUAUGACGUUAUUCUCGGGAUGGACUGGUUGUCACACUACAGAGUUCAUCUGGAUUGCUACAGAGGUAGAGUGGUCUUCGAGCGAGAUGCAGGGAGGUUGGUUUAUCAGGGAGUGAGACCGACUUCCGGGAGUAUUGUGAUAUCUGCUAUUCAGGCCGAGCAGUUGUUAGAGCGGGGCUGUGAGGCGUAUCUGGCGACGAUUUCUAUGUCUGAGUCAGGAGCUGGAGUUGUUAUGGGAGAUAUUGAGGUUGUCCAGGAUUUUGAGGAUGUCUUUCAGUCACUGAAGGGAUUACCACCAUCUCGGUCUGAUCCUUUCACGAUUGAGUUAGAGCCGGGGACAGCACCGAUAUCGAAGACGCCUUACAGGAUGGCGCCAGCUGAGUUGGCAGAGCUGAAGAAGCAGAUAGAGGACCUUUUGUCUAAGGGGUUCAUUCGACCAAGUGUUUCACCGUGGGGAGCACCGGUGUUGUUUGUGAAGAAGAAGGAUGGCAGUUUCAGACUUUGUAUCGAUUACAGAGGUCUUAACCGAGUCACUGUGAAGAACAGGUACCCACUCCCGAGGAUUGAUGAGUUUGGAUCAAUCCCGAUAGAUGAGGCAGAUGUCAGGAAGACUGCUUUCAGGACGCGUUAUGGGCAUUUUGAGUUUGUGGUUAUGCCUUUCGGUUUGACUAACGCGCCGGCAGCCUUCAUGAGAUUGAUGAACGACGUGUUCAGGGAGUAUUUGGACGUGUUUGUCAUCAUUUUCAUUGAUGAUAUUCUGGUAUACUCGAGGAGUCAGGAGGAGCAUGCGACUCACUUGAGGUUGGUUCUGGAGAAGCUUCGGGAGCAGAAGCUUUUUGCUAAGUUGAGCAAGUGCAGUUUCUGGCAGCGAGAGAUGGGAUUUCUUGGCCACAUUGUUUCUGCAGAGGGAGUUUCUGUGGAUCCGGCUAAGAUUGAGGCUAUCAGAGAUUGGCCUAGACCUAGUAGUGCCACCGAGAUCAGGAGUUUUCUGGGUUUGGCAGGAUACUACAGGAGGUUCGUCAAGGGGUUUGCUACCAUGGCGCAGCCGAUGACGAAGUUGACCGGGAAGGAUGUCCCUUUUAUUUGGUCAGCUGAGUGUGAGGAGAGCUUUAGUCAGCUCAAGGAGAUGUUGACUACUACACCAGUGUUGGCGUUACCCGAGCCAGGGAAGCCUUACAUGGUGUAUACAGAUGCUUCAGGCAUUGGUCUUGGUUGUGUGCUGAUGCAGGAGGGCAGAGUGAUAGCAUAUGCUUCGAGACAGUGGCAGGGCAGUGAGCGUAACCGUCCUACACAUGACUUAGAGUUGGGAGCAGUGAUCUUCGCGUUGAAGAUUUGGAGGUCUUACUUGCUAGGUGAGACAGUACAGGUCUUCACGGAUCACAAGAGUUUGCAGCAUAUCUUCACUCAGCCGAUGAUGAACGCGAGACAGACGCGCUGGGUUGAGUUCUUGGCGGACUAUCAGGUGAGCAUUAACUACCAUCCGGGCAAGGCUAACCUAGUGGCGGACGCGUUGAGUAGACGGAGGUAUGAUUCCGCAGUUGAGCGAGAUGUGGAGUCUCUAGUUGGCGAGAUCAGUACCUUGCGUUUGUGUGCCAUUUCGCAGGAGCCUUUGGGUUUAGAGGCAGUGGAUCAGGCGGAUCUACUUAGCAGGAUCAGAGUUGCUCAGCAGAGUGAUCAGAGUUUGCUAGAUGCGACGAGAGUGACUGGUUCUGAGUAUGAGGUCUCUGCGAAUGGGACUAUCUUGGUUCGUGGGCGAGUUUGUGUGCCUAAGGAUGUGGAGUUGAGACAUCAGAUUUUGGGAGAGGCUCACGCGAGCAAGUUUUCCAUUCAUCCGGGAGCGACCAAGAUGUACCAUGACCUCAAGAGGUACUAUCAUUGGGUCGGGAUGAAGAGGGAUGUAGCAGAUGGGUUGCGAAGUGCAACACUUGUGCCUUGGUGA